UCCUCUCUAGCUGUAGAUGAGUGUAACUUCUCUCUCUCCUCUCCUGUCUCUAUCCUCUGUAGAUAUGGAUGAGUGUGUGCAGGCUCCUAAGCCGUGUAACUUCAUCUGUAAGGACACAGAGGGAAGCUACCUCUGUUCCUGUCCCAGAGGAUACAUACUACAGGAGGACGGCAAGAGCUGUCGAGAUCUGGAUGAGUGUCAGAGCAAACAGCACAACUGUCAGUUCCUGUGUGUGAACACCAUUGGAGGAUUCACCUGCAAAUGUCCUCCAGGCUUCACCCAGCACCAUACUGCCUGCAUAGAUAAUAAUGAAUGUGCGUCGGACCCUGCUCUGUGUGGUUCGAAUGGAGUGUGUCAGAACAGCCCAGGCAGCUUCAACUGCGAGUGUACUAGAGGAUUCUCAAUGGACCCCAAUGGACAGAGCUGUGAAGAUAUGGAUGAGUGUGAUGGUAACCAUCGUUGUCAACAUGGCUGUCAGAACCUGGUGGGAGGGUACAGGUGUAGCUGUCCUCAGGGAUACCUACAACACUAUCAAUGGAACCAGUGUGUCGAUGAGAACGAGUGCCAGAACACUCAGAUCUGUGGGGGAGCGUCGUGUCAUAACACCCUAGGGAGCUUCCGCUGCCUCUGUCCCACUGGGUUCAACUACGGAGACCAGGGGGGGUGUAGUGACAUCAACGAGUGCUCCUCGUCCUCUAAUCCAUGUAACUACGGCUGUUCCAACACAGACGGAGGGUAUCUCUGUGGCUGUCCGCCUGGAUACUAUCGCGCUGGACAGGGGCACUGUGUGUCAGGUGUGGGCUUUGGUAGCGGUGUGAGUCUGGGCCAGGGAGGAGAGGAGGAGGAGGAGAACGAUCUGUCUCCUGAGGCCUGCUACGAGUGUAAGAUCAACGGUUACCCCAAGAAGGGGCGUAAACGCCGCGACACCAACUCAACGCUAGAGCAACCUCUGGACGAUGCACAGACAGUGAGCCUGGAGAGUGUGGACAUCGAGGACACCCUGCUGUUCAACCUGAACAUGUCUGACCUGUCCAGCCGAGACCACAUCCUGGAGUUCACCCCGGCCCUGUCCACGCUCAACAACCACGUGCGCUACUCCAUUGACUACGGCAACGAGCUGGGCUACUUCAAGAUCAGCCAGAGGGAGGGGCUUAGCUACCUGCACAUGUCCAAGAGGAAGUCCCUCCCCCCUGGAGCCUACUUCCUGCAGAUCAGCAGCGUGGCCGUGUACAGGAAGAAGGAGCUGGCAGCGCUGGAGGACAGCAACGAUAAAGACUACCUCACAGGCCAGCUGGGAGACACACUCACCAUGAGGGUGCAGAUAGUCCUGCAUUAACCUGCACUACAGGACUGACUGGGGUGGCUGGGCUGGGCUGGGUGGGGAGUGUCUGCCUGUAAACACUGGUCUAGGAACAGAUUAACUUACCCUCGAUCCAUAUCUCAACCAUUAGGAUGGGGAGAGACUAUCUGACUCUUGGUCAGUGGUUAUGGGCAACUUUUACCUACUCUGAGAGAGAGAGAGAGAGGAGAGAGAGAGAGAGAGAG